CGCGGGCGCGGGCGCGCGGGGAGGCGGCGGCGGAGGGCGGCCGUUGCGGGCCGGCCCUCGGGGCUGAGGCCGAGCCGAGCCGGGCCCGCGCACGCCGGGGGCCCACCAUGCGGCGGCUGCGGCGCCUGGCGCACCUGGUGCUCUUCUGCCCCUUCUCCAAGGGCCUGCAGGGCCGGCUCCCAGGCCUCAGGGUCAAGUACGUCUUCUUGGUCUGGCUGGGCGUCUUUGUGGGCAGCUGGAUGGUGUACGUGCACUACUCGUCUUACGCGGAGCUCUGCCGAGGGCACGUCUGCCAGGUGGUUAUCUGUGACCAGUACCGCAAGGGCAUCAUCUCCGGCUCCAUCUGCCAGGACCUGUGCAGUCUGCACGAGGUGGAGUGGAGAGCAUGUCUGUCCUCCGUCCCAGGGCGGCAGGUGUACAGUGGGCUGUGGCAGGGCAAGGAGGUGACCAUUAAGUGUGGCAUUGAGGAGGGCCUGGACCCCAAGGCCAGGUCGGAGCCAGCCCCCCGGCAGGAGCUGCUGCUGUUCAACAAGCCCACCCGGGGCACGUCAAUCAAGGAGUUCCGAGAGAUGACCCUCAGCUUUCUCAAGGCAAAUCUGGGAGACCUGCCCUCCCUGCCCGCACUGGUCGGACAGGUCCUGCUCAUGGCCGACUUCAACAAGGACAGCAGGGUAUCGCUGGCCGAGGCCAAGUCGGUGUGGGCCCUGCUCCAGCGGAAUGAGUUCCUGCUGCUGCUGUCCCUCCAGGAGGAGCAUGCGUCCCGGCUGCUGGGAUCCUGCGGGGACCUCUAUGUCACCGAGGGGGUCCCCCACAGCUCCUGGCACGGAGCCGCUCUCCCAACCCUGCUGCGCCCGCUGCUGCCCCCUGCCCUGCACACGGCACUCCAGCAGUGGCUGGGGCCCGCGUGGCCCUGGAGGGCCAAGAUCGCCAUCGGGCUGCUGGAGUUCGUGGAGGAGCUCUUCCACGGCGCCUACGGGACCUUCUACAUGUGCGAGACCACGCUGGCCAACGUGGGCUACACGGCCCAGUACGACUUCAAGAUGGCGGACCUGCAGCAGGUCGCGCCCGAGGCCACCGUGCGCCGCUUCCUGCAGGGCCGGCCCUGUCGGCACAGCGCCGACUGCACCUACGGCCGGGACUGCAGGGCGCCCUGCGACAAGCUCGUGCGCCAGUGCAAGGGCGACCUCAUCCAGCCCAACCUGGCCAAGGUGUGCGAGCUGCUGAGGGACUACCUGCUGCCCGGCGCACCUGCCGACCUGCGGGAGGAGCUGGGCCGCCAGCUGCGCACCUGCACCACGCUGAGCGGGCUGGCCAGCCAGGUGGAGGCGCACCACUCGCUGGUGCUGAGCCACCUCAAGACCCUGCUCUGGAAGGAGAUCUCCAACACCAGGUACUCGUGAUGGCUGCCCCGGGGUCCCCAGCCACGGCCGGGCCA